ACGGGAAGCAGGAACCGGAGGAGGAAGAAGACGUGUGUGUGUAUAAUGACGCCUCCGCCGCUGCGCUCCUGCCUCGGCUUCCUGCUGAAAGUCAGCGGCUCGUUUUCUGUCUCCAGAAACAAACUCGUCGCACAAGCAGCAGCUCUUCCUCAUCUUCAUCACCUGAGAAAAACCAUGCACUACAUCGCAGAGGAGAGAGGAAGACCUCACUCUCCGGACUACCGGAUCUAUUUUAAAACCUCUGAAGGGAAAUAUGUUUCGCCGUUCCAUGAUAUUCCACUUAUAGCUGAGCUGGAACAGGACAAUGAUGUACCAGCAAAAAAACCCAAGCGUAAUGAGAAAGAGGUGCUCUUUAACAUGGUUGUAGAGGUGCCUCGAUGGUCAAAUGCUAAAAUGGAGAUUGCUACAAAGGAACCACUGAAUCCGAUCAAACAAGAUUUGAAGAAAGGCAAGCUCCGAUAUGUUGCCAACAUAUUUCCACAUAAAGGUUACAUCUGGAACUAUGGAGCUCUCCCACAGACAUGGGAGGACCCAAACCACACAGAUGCAGAAACGUCAUGUUGUGGUGAUAAUGAUCCCAUUGACGUUUGUGAAAUUGGGACCCAGGUGUGUUUUCCAGGUCAGGUGAUCCAAGUGAAAGUACUUGGCAUCUUAGCCAUGAUUGACGAAGGAGAAAUGGACUGGAAGGUCAUUGCCAUCAAUGCUCAGGACCCGGAGGCCAAAAAUCUAAAUAGCAUAGAGGAUGUCUGCAAGAGCCGACCUGGUCAUUUAGAGGCAACCGUCGACUGGUUCAGGAAAUACAAGGUGCCCGAUGGAAAGCCUGAAAAUCAAUUUGGAUUCAAUGGACAAUUCAAAGACAAGGACUUUGCAGUUGAGAUUAUCAAGUCCACCCAUGAGCACUGGAGGGCACUAGUGCAGAAGCAGACAAACAGUGAAGGGAUUGAAUGCAAAAACAUCUCUUGCUGUGAGAGUCCUUUGAAAUGCAGUGCUGAUGAGGCCAGAGAUGUCGUCCAGUCGGCCCCAGCAUUUGGUAGCCCACAUCCUGUGUCUCCAGAUGUGAAUAAGUGGCAUUUCGUCUGAAACCCUGAAGACAAUAUGGAGACUGACCUAAGUUCCUCACAUCCAAGAUUUAUCUAUAUGCAGCUGGAUUUAUUUUUGGUAAGAACUCUUCCUCAGCUGUGUGAAGUGCCAUCUGCAUUUGCCAUCCAAUCAUUAGUUAAAAAAGAAAAAUGAAAUGAAAAAAGAUUAUACAAAUACACUGACAGCACAAGCAGGUGUAGAUCUUUUGAGUAGAAUUAAGAACAUCAAAUUGUUUUUUUAAAUUAGAAGUCUAAAGGUUGAUCACAAAAUAUUCUCCUUUUAUUGUAAAUUAUUUUUUAUAUGUAUUGCAGUUCUUUUGUGGCAAAUGUACAGGUCCAGCCUUGCCUUCUAUUGGAUUGAACGUCUAGCUAACAUGCUCCAAAUCUGUUCUGAAUUCAUAAUUGUACCUGCAACCACAGUUUCUUCUUGUUUGGAUAAAUAAUAAAUAAAUAAGAUGUGAACCUGAUAA